CGACUGAGUGUCAGUUUGAGUUUACCCGCCGUGUGUCGCUGACGUGCGUGGCGGUGCCGCAUUUUACCGCCAUGACUCCAAACGUGCCUAUACGUAACUCUCUUAUAAACUUCGAAUCGUAACUGUUAUUUUUGUGUACAAAAUUUCAACAGUUCCAUUCAGUUUAUUGUGUUUAACAUAACUGUGCCUGUGAUCUUGAUUGUUAUUUUUUUUUAUAUUUCAAACGACUACACGAUGCAAACGGUUCUGAAUUUUAAUUCCAUGUUGAAAGUGCACGAUUUGGUAUUUCUUGAAAAAUGUUGACAGUAAUACUAGUGUUUUCUAUUCUACUUUUCCAAGCAUUCCAAUCGGGUGACUGCUCCAGCUUACUAUGCGGUCGCACGAAGGAAGUGGAGGUCGGGGGGAACGCGGGGGCAGGCGCGGCGCUCGCUCUCUCCCUGUCCCGCCCGCCCUCUGCCGGCAACACGACCUGUCAACUGCGUCUAACAGCGCCUGAAGCGGCAGCUUUUACAGUACGACUGAUCGAUGUUAAGGAAUCGCUAGUUGAAUGGGAGCGUGGUCUGACGGAUUUGCGCGAAGGUGCGGCGCCGGCGCGUAAGUGGAGCGCCCGCAGUCCGGCACACGCGCAAGACACGGCUACUGAUGGCGCUGCGCCACUUGCCCACGCCAACAACACCGAUGCCUGCAAGAUGCUCAUUUACAUCGUGGACGCUAAGAAUCCAAUAUGGCGGCUGUCGCUUUGCGGCGGGAACGCUGCGCAGGUGGCGGCCAAAGCGGGCACCAAGCUGCUGCCGCCCAAAAUCAAGAUCGUGUGGAACCCUCCCACCACGCCCUACCAGCAUACCGAAAAGUUGCGCCUUGUCGUCACCGCUGUUAACAGUGGUACGUAUAACGUUGAUACUACAUCCUGA